ACAAGAAGCAAAGAGAAUGUUUCACAUCUGUUCCCACUUUAAAUAGAGUCCAACUGGUACUUGCUGCCAAGCAAGUCACUACAUGACACUUACAUUCUUCUCUUCUGUUUAUCCACCUUCCUUCCUUCCUGUCUGAGAUCACCCCCUUCUUGAUAUAGUAACAUGCUAGUCCCCAUCUCUCUGGCGAUGCAUGUUUUCAUCAAUUUGUCAUCAGCAGUCGCACUCCAUCAGUGAAAAAAGGUAGUGAAAUCAUGAGGAAAAUGAUGAGGAAUAACAAUAUCAGGGCCUCAAGGGCUCUGUACACAGCCCUUGCAUUUCUGGGUCUGAUUUGGUUCUUGUCUUCUGGGAUCCACAUGAGCCGAACGGCCAAGAGCGCGACAGUGCCACUUCCAGUUCCACCCUCGGUCCAAGUUUCUGGGCGGACAAAGCCGCUCACGAGGGAUGGAGACCCAGCUUACUGGGACUUAAAUCUCAAUUUUGUAAUCAGGAGAAGAGUGCCGAGCGGACCUGACCCCAUCCACAACCGGGCAGUGAUAAAUAGACAACCACCAGCAGCUUGAAAGGAGACAGAAAAUCAAACUGCACAUCCAGUUUUCGCAAGAGUCCUACAAGGGUUCUGCAUAAAUUUGCUCUAUCGAAGACUGACCAAAUCAGAAGUUAUCAUUUUUCUACUAUUCACUGCUAUGACCAAAGUUGUGAGCUGAGUAUAUGUAAAUGGGAAACAGCACAUGUUCUUGUGGUAGGAUAGCCCUGCAAUGAAAGGUUUUUUUGUGUAGUUCUGCUUGAAUUUGUAUCUGCAAAGUUAUUGAUCUUUUGUGCAA